CCUCCACCCAACCAAGAGAGAGAAAACAAACAAAGAAAGAAAAUCUCGGCAAUGGCGGACGAGGAGAAGGAGGAGACGAUUCGACCUGAAAUCCCAACCGGCCGGAUCAAGAAGAUAAUGAAGCUAGAUAAGGACAUCAAGAAGGUUAACGCAGAAGCUCUACUUCUCAUCUCGCGCUCCACUGAGCUCUUCCUCAGAUUCCUCGCCGAGAGGUCUGCGGAGGUUGCGAUCGAGAAGAAACGCAAGAUCGUCAAGCUCGAACACAUAAGGGCGGCCGUCAAGAGGCACCAACCGACCAGCGAUUUCCUCCUUGACUCACUUCCACUGCCUCCUCAGCCGUCACAUAAGCAACCAUCUGACCGGAACCACUCUCGCAAUGUUGCUGAAAAGCCGGUCCCUGUCGGAACUCGCCGAAUCGAUGAUUUCUUUAGCAAGUCAGCAAAUGAAGCCCCAAUCGAAAUCAACGAAUCUUAGGCCUCGUCUCCUUGCGAGCCUUGAACUGAAAGUCGGUGUGAAUUUCAGCUGAUUUUGAUUAGAGUUAGCUUGAAUUGAUAAUUUGAUGGUUUUGGCUGUAAUGGAAACAUCAUCACUAAUUUUUUUUAAGAUGUCACAUUUCUAAAUGGUUCUAAUAUAUAUGUUAAUUUAUAGUUUUUGGAAUAUUCUGGCGAAUUUGAGUAGUUGACUAUUGCUAUCGU